AUGGCGUCCAAGUUUCUCCGAGAAUAUAAAUUGGUGGUUGUCGGUGGAGGUGGCGUGGGAAAGUCAUGCUUGACCAUUCAAUUAAUUCAGAGCCAUUUCGUCGAUGAAUACGACCCAACCAUCGAAGACUCAUAUCGCAAGCAAUGUGUUAUCGACGAUGAGGUCGCCUUGUUGGAUGUGCUGGACACAGCGGGUCAGGAGGAAUACUCGGCGAUGCGGGAGCAGUACAUGCGCACAGGCGAAGGCUUUCUACUGGUCUACUCCAUCACCUCUCGUCAAUCGUUCGAGGAAAUCAUGACAUACCAGCAACAGAUUCUCCGCGUGAAAGACAAGGAUUACUUCCCCAUCAUAGUGGUUGGAAACAAGUGCGAUUUGGAGAAGGAUCGUGCUGUCACUCAGCAGGAGGGUGAGGCUCUGGCGCGUCAGUUUGGCUGCAAAUUUAUCGAGACAUCUGCCAAGUCCCGUAUAAACGUCGAGAACGCUUUCUACGACCUCGUCCGAGAGAUUCGUCGCUACAACAAGGAGAUGUCGUCCCAUCCAUCUGCUGGCGGCGCUUUUUCCGGCGGUGCCCCCCAUGGCAAGAUGGACGUUUCCGAGCCAGGCGAAGAUGCCGGAUGCUGUGCGAAGUGUGUCAUCAUGUAA